AAAACAGAAAAUAGUGUGUGUAAAUAAUAAUAAUAAUAAUUAAUAAUAAUAAAAAAUAAGAAAUCAAAGUGAAAGAAGAAUGACGCGAUGAUGGCCUACGGAGGAAGCGGUGGUAGCGGUGGUGGAGGUGCGAUGGGACCCUCAGCUGGUGGCGGAGGUGGAGGUGGAGGCGGUGCUGGUACGGACGUUUUAGGGUCUACCAGCAGCGAUUAUAGUCCUCAAAGCACGCCGACGCCACUCUCGGCUUCGCAUUCGUCCACUGGUGUCGAGGCUGUUGUUGCUGCUACGAGCUAUGGUACUGGUACCACCGGGACUACCAGCAAUUACAGUCCCCAGGACAGUCCCGCAAGCUCGGCGGGCGGUGCUACCAAUGGACAACUUCCGACUUUUGGUUUCACCCAGGAACAAGUUGCUUGUGUUUGCGAGGCGAUGGUGUCGAAUGUUCAGGUUCUACAGCAAGCAGGCUCCGUGGAAAGGCUUGGAAGAUUUCUAUGGUCUUUACCGGCAUGUACGAGAUUACACCGUAACGAGAGCGUACUAAAGGCUAAAGCAAUAGUCGCAUUUCAUCGUGGCCAAUUCAAAGAACUCUACAAGAUUUUAGAGAGCAAUACGUUCAGUGCACACAAUCAUCCAAAACUUCAGGCACUUUGGUUGAAGGCACAUUACAUCGAAGCUGAAAAACUUCGUGGGAGGCCACUUGGUGCGGUCGGUAAAUAUCGAGUUCGUCGUAAAUUUCCAUUACCAAGAACGAUAUGGGACGGUGAAGAAACGUCAUAUUGUUUCAAGGAAAAAUCAAGGAGUAUACUGAGAGAAUGGUACGCAACCAAUCCUUAUCCAUCGCCACGUGAAAAACGUGAAUUGGCUGAGAACACGGGUUUAACGACAACGCAAGUCAGCAAUUGGUUUAAAAAUCGUAGACAAAGGGACCGGGCAGCUGAACAUAGUGGUCAAAGGGAAGACAAAACUCAUGGCGGAGGACUUGGUGAUUCAAGCAGUGAAUCCGGUGACGAAGCCAAAAGACAAUCGGUCGUUCAACAACAACAGCAACAACAACAACAACCGUCAGCUUGUGCUGUUCAACAGCAACAACAACAACAGCAACAGCAACAACAACAAAUGGUUGAACACCAACAAACGUCUAGCAUGUACCAAUUACCACCACCCGCUGCUGUAUCCAGUCCUCACUCCUAUCAUCAGACUCAUGGUACUAGUCUGAGUCAUCCUCAUACACCUACCCAUCAUAUGCAACAUCAUGACACCAGCAGCGAGAGCGGUGACGACAAGAGAAACCUUCAUCAUCAGUUGCAACAUCAUCUUCAGGUUGGUGCACACGGUACCCAUGGUUUGGUUCAUCCUACGGCUACUUUACCACCACCGCCACCAAGUUGCGCUCAACAGAAGAGUCAACUUGAUUAUAUGCAGUAUUACAGCCCUCAGGAUUACCUGAUAGGCACGCCCACCUCGGCGGAUCUGCAGAAGUCGCUACCACACACGGCCACGUCAAUGCAGAUGGGUGCUAUAGCACCAACGAUGGGUGGCCUAAGCCCUAUGGCACCUACGACGAUGUUACAGAACACGAUGCAGGGAGUGAACACAAUGAAUACCAUGUCGAUGAAUGGUAUGGGAAUGGGAGCCUAUCAAGGAAUGGGUUCGAUGGGGAUGACAACUUCGCACGCUGGUUACCACAGUGGACUCGUCUUAGGCGAUUAUCAUUCGUUGUGACCUUGGGCUCCUAAUGGUCAAAGUAAAAGGAAUCCAGAAAAAACUUAAAGGAUUAACUCUAUUCAACUUUCCCUUACAAUUUCUCUCUCUCUCUCUCUCUCUCUCUCUCUCUCUCUUUCUCUCUCUCUCUCGUCAUCGUCAAAUGUAUGUCAACACAGCCAAUUAAAACAAUCCGAUAUGUUCGUUCAACCAUCCGAUUGGUUUGUGCGGCACGUGAUUUCCCCCACCACUACUCCUUGAACCCCCCACUCCGUUUAUCACCAAAAAAAGUGGUGUUCACGAUUUUGAGGACUCCUAUUUUUACCCACCAACUGAGAAAAUAAAUAAUUUAGGUCACAAAUGUAAUAAUAUAAUUAAUUAUUUAGGUGAGAAAAGAAAAUUUGUCAUUUAAUUUGAUAAUAUCUCAGUUUUGAUUAAUAAUGGAGUCUUUCGAAAUGAUUAAAACCACUUUUAAAAACGGUGAGAUUUCGGUUUCGCGUACGUUUCCGGAUAAAAUAGCAAAAGACAUGUUAGCAUUUUUUUUCUUUAUCUUCUUUAUCUUUACUUUUUUUCUUUUUUUUUUUUUAUUAUAAUAUAACCCCUUUCUGCACGUAGCAAUGAUCACCAACUUACCACUAUUACUGUAAUUCUUUACAUAAACACACACACACACACAUAAAUGCCUUUGUUCAAAGAACACAUAGGUUCUUUUUAUUUUUGCGAUUCUUCUUAAAACUCUUUUAUUUUGUAAUAUCUUUCACUCUUUGUAGCGUACUAUUUGUAAGUUAUCAAAUAAUAAGAAAAGGAUAGCACAAUCUGUAAGUGUAAGCGUGUAAGUGUGUAAAAGUGUUCGUUUACAGCGUUUAUUAUUUAGGACAAACUAAAAGUCAUGUUAUUUUUUUAUAAAUAAUUUUUAAUAUUUAAUAUAUAUAUAUAUAUAUAAAUAUAAUAUAUAUUUAUAUAAUUUAUUUUGUUUUUAAAAGGAGAUACACUGUUAAAAAUUGACUAAUUUAACAGAAUGUUGUGUAAACGAAUCAUUGCAUAUUAAAUCGCACAUUUAAUUAUAAACA